UCGCGGCCACUUCACGCGUGCGACGUGACUUUGUCCGUGUUUUAGUUUUCUGUUUCCGAGUUGAACAAGGAACCGCGAAACACCUGAGCUUUUUUUGCUGUUUUAAUUUGUGCCGGUGUGACAUAACUGCUGUACAAGUGCGUCGAAUAACUAGCGUCUUCUAAGCUCGAUGAAUUGCUGACCAAACCCGGCAGAACAACACACUCCACAGCAAGGAUGUCGGCGAAGUCGGUGGCCCUCCCGGUGCGCUUGGGAUUGCUGCUUGCAGUGCUUUCGCACGUCACUCCCGGAACGCUGGGUGCCCCCAAGAGUGGUGAUCCGGCCACGUUGCAACUAAUAAUCCUGCACAACAACGAUAUGCACGCCCGCUUCGAGCAAAUCGGAGCGUACGGAAACGAGUGCCAGCCGGCCGAUGUGGCCAGCAACCGGUGCUACGGAGGAUUUGCCCGGGUGGCGCACAAAGUCCGCGAGUACCGUGCCAAAGAAGCCAACGGAGGACUCCCUGUGCUGUACCUGAACGCCGGUGACACCUACACCGGAACGCCCUGGUUUGCCGUCUACAAGGACAAUAUCACAGCCUCGUUUCUGAACCUGCUCAAACCGGAUGCCAUCUCCCUCGGCAACCACGAGUUCGACCUGGGCGUGGAAGGGCUGGUGCCGUUCCUGAACGAGGUGGACUUUCCGGUGCUCGCCGCCAAUCUGGACCUCUCCAAGACGCCCUCGAUGCAGUCCACCAAAUCGUUGCGCCACUCGACCGUGUUCACCAAGGGCGGCGUCAAGAUCGGCAUCGUCGGCUAUCUGACGCCGGAGACGAAGCAGCUGACGCAGGUCAACACCGUCGAGUACCUGGACGAGAUCGAGGCCAUCAACAAGGAAGCGUCGGCGUUAAAGUCCCAGGGCGUCAACAUUCUGAUUGCGCUCGGGCACAGCGGGCUGGAGCGUGAUCGACAGAUUGCUGCGGGUUGCCCGGACAUUGACAUCGUGAUUGGAGGUCAUUCGCAUACAUUUUUGUACUCGGGAACGGUGCCGGAUGAUGUUGACAGGCCAGAGGGUCCGUACCCGGUGAUGGUGCGAAACAGUGCCGGUAAGGAUGUUCCGGUGGUCCAGGCGUACGCGUAUACGAAGUACUUGGGCUACAUGAAGGUGGACUUUGAUCAGGCCGGUAAUCUGCUGUCGUUUGAUGGUAGUCCGAUCUUGCUGAACGGUGCCGUUGAUCGUGAUUCGGAUGUGUUGGAGCUUCUUGAUGUGUACCGACCGGGGAUUCUCGAGCUGGACGAAGUCAUCGGCCAGACUAGGGUUCUGCUGGAUUCGUCCCGGUGUCGGUUUGAGGAGUGCAACAUCGGUAACAUGAUUACGGAUGCCAUGGUCAUGACAUACACCAUGUCCCGUGAACAAACCAACGAGUUCUGGACGGAUGCAGCCAUUGCCUUUAUCCAGGGCGGAGGUAUCCGAGCAUCGAUCGAUGUUACUGAGGGUGGAAACAUCACGAAGAAGGACCUUAAAACGGUUCUUCCGUUUGGAAAUGCGAUGAUUCUCGCAGAAGUAACCGGAGAGACGAUUCGGCUAAUGCUGGAACAUAGCGUGUCCCGGUACGAUGGUCGCACCGGGUACGGAGAGUUCCUGCAAAUGGCGGGCGUGCACGUGGUGUACGACCUCAGCAAACCUCCCGGCCAUCGAGUCGCCAGCAUUGAGGUGCGCUGCGCUCGGUGCAGCAUUCCUAGCUUCAGCCCGCUGUACGAUUACGACCGGUACAAGAUCAUCCUGAACCAGUUCCUGUGGGACGGUGGCGACGGUUUCACCAUGUUCUCCGGACGUAACUUCGAAGCGCUCACUUGGGGAGAGUACGAGAUGACCGAGGAGUACUUGAGCCGUUUCUCGCCGGUGUAUCCGGCGGUUGAGUGGCGGGUUACGCUCAACGGGGAGGUCAAUCCGGAUGAUAUGACCACGCCGGGAACACCCGUUUCGAGUACGGAGGGAUCAACUAGUACCGAAAAGGACGAUGACGGCGGUGCUGGAAGUUUGCAAGCUACGGUAGCGACUGUAGUGGCGUUGGCAUUUAUUAGUGUUUUCCAAAGAGUGGCAAUGUAAUUUGUCGUUGGUGUACAAAGUGGAUAAGCAUGUUGUAAAAAGUGUUUCCUGUGUGGUUAGUUAAGUAAAAUAAAAAUACUUGUUGUAAAUAUGCA